AUGGGACCCCUCAAGCUUGCCGUUGUCGGCGGCGGACCUUCCGCGUUCUACGUCGCGUCCCGACUGCUGUCGCUCGUUCCGCCCGCUCAUCCAUCCGCAAGCCAGCUGAGAGUGCAUCUAUAUGAUCGGCUGUGGGCGCCACACGGCCUGGUACGGUACGGUGUCGCGCCAGAUCACCCGGAAAACUGCGUACACAAGUUCGACGAGGCAGCAAAGGACGGCCGGCUCAAGUUCUUCGGUAACGUGAACAUCGGCGGCGUGCCGACAAAUGCCUCGCCGGCCGCGCUUUCCCUACCGCUCUCGACCCUCUUCAAGAAUUACACCCACCUCCUUCUUGCCUCAGGUUGCACCGUCCCCAUUCUUCACCCUGCUCUGCCUCCCUCAGACCGUUGUGUGCCCGCCCUGUCCGUCGUGCACUGGUACACCGCCCAUCCCUCGCGCCCACCCCCACCUCCGCUCGAUAAAACGAGCCACGUAUCCGUCAUCGGGCACGGCAACGUCUCCCUCGAUGUCGCUCGCAUGCUGCUCACCGACCCGGCGAUACUCCAGAAGUACGACGUCCCAGAGCACGUGUUAGAAGUGCUACGCCGUUCCAGCGUGAAACACGUCUCCAUCGUCGGUCGUCGCGGGCCGUUCCAGGCGGCGUUCACGACGAAGGAGCUGCGCGAGAUGAUGAACCUCUCCGACGCGUCCAUGGUCCCGCUCGACCCCUCCGUCCUGGAACCUCUCCCAGGGGAGACACCCACCCGGCAGCAGACGCGCACGCUGCAGCUUCUCCAGAAGGGCUCCAAGAACGUGUUCGGGACGACGCCGAAGACAUGGUCGCUCGACUUCUUCCGCUCCCCAACGGGGCUCGCCUCGUCGCCGGAAUCGGGAUCCCUCUCCCUCUCCCUCGCGCACACCGCGCUCGACCCCGCGACGCGCCGCGCGGUCCCGACCGGCGUAUCGUCCGCGCUCGCGACCGACCUCGUCGUCACCUCGCUCGGGCACCGUGCCGACCCUGCGGGCCCGCUCGUCGACCCGGAGCUCGGGCACGCGCGCGCUGCGGCCGGGCGCGUCGUCGGCCUGCGGAACGUGUACGCGAGCGGGUGGGCCGCCGCGGGCGCCAGGGGUGUGCUCGCGAGCACGAUGCUCGACGCGCACGCGGUGGCGGACGCGAUUCUGGGGGACUGGAGCGGCGCGCGUGCGACGACGCCGAAAGAGGUGAUGGCGAGCGGGGAGACGGUGGAGUUGGAAGGGGUGCCGGAAGAGGUGGAGGGCGGUGUUAGGGAGGGAACCGUGACAACGUACGAGGAGUGGAAGCGGGUGGACGAGGAGGAAGUGCGGAGG